CUCAGCCGGCAGCAGUCUACCGUCGUCGUCCGCACGUAACAUACACGCGCGAACCGUCGUAUUAUUAUAAUAUUAUUAUUAUAGUCGUCGUUUCUGAUCGCUGUUUUAUUAUUUUUUUUUUUUAUACACACACCGUCUGUACUGUUGUUAUUGUUUAUUUUCCGCUUAGUACUGCAGCUGUGUGCGUUGCGAGCGUGAUCGAAGUGCAGUGCGCGUAAAUUACGAAACGACCCGCUCGAAUGCAGCGGACGACCGCCGCCGUUUUUGGUACGUCGUCGGCGCGCGCGUGAUCGCGUCUCCUCCAUUUCCGCGUCUUACGAUUUUUCUGUUUUAAAUGACAAUUUCGUGUUGAGCACGCAUACUCGAUAUAUACGUCACCGUUCGUAUAUAAACCUUUCCGACGCGUAUUUCAUAUACGAAUAACGACUGUUUUCGCGUCGAUUAUAAAAUGAUACAAGUGGCCGCGACGCCGAUGAUCGUCAAACCGAAAAUCGGAUUCUCCAUCGAGUCCAUCGUGGGCGCGGGUUCCCGGUCGCCGGCCAGGAGCGAAGGUUCGUCGGUGGCGCACGACGAGAGCGAGGCGUGCAGUUCGGCCGCCGGCUCGCCGCUGAACCCGGGAAGCGUAUCGCCGCCGCCGCAUCAUCACCAUCACCAUCACCAACAACAGCAUCAGCAACACCAGCAUCAGCAGUCGCACCACGUGCACCAACACCAGCAGCAGCAACACGAACAGCAGCAGACUUCUGCGUCAAGCGGCACCGGCGGCACAACCGUGUUCAAGCCGUCCGCGCUGCCAGCUGCCGCCGGUUACGGAUCAUCGUCCGUGGCCGCCGCAGCAGCCGCCGCCGCAGCCGCCGGACACUUGGCCAAAGGGUUGCAGUACGUGCACGAACCUCUGACGCCGCCACCAGCCCACCCACAUCCUCAUCAUCCGUUCGCGUUCGCCGCAGCCGCAGCCGCCGCCGCAGCAGCGCACCACUUUCAGCCGAAUCCGCACCAUCCGCAACAUCAGCCCACCCGCGACACGUACCCUCUGUACCCGUGGCUGUUAUCGCGGCACGGAAGGAUAUUUCCGCACAGAUUUCCCGGCGGUCCAGACAUACCAGGAUUUUUAUUACAACCCUUCAGAAAACCCAAAAGAAUAAGGACCGCUUUCAGCCCCAGCCAACUGCUUAAAUUGGAACAUGCUUUUGAGAAAAACCAUUACGUCGUUGGUGCCGAAAGAAAACAAUUGGCCCAAUCGCUGAGUCUAACCGAAACACAGGUCAAGGUCUGGUUCCAAAACAGGCGCACAAAGCACAAGAGAAUGCAACAGGAAGAAGAAGCCAAGGUGCAGCAACAGCAGUCGGGUGGCGGCGGUGGAGGCCCUAAAAACUCACAUCACGUCAACAAGUGGAAACAGGAGACCCAGAACAGCGGAUCCGAUAGUGAAAUGCACCAUUAUGGCGAGGGUUCACCGCAUUCGGUGCAGCACAGGGACGACGGGACGAUGCACUACGACGGAUACAGUUCCGAAGCGGAUAGCGACGUCUGAACGGUACGCGAGUAUCACGUACAUGAUCACCGUACAGGUGACAUGGGUACCGACAGCGUGGUAUCAUCGUUGGACCACGCGAUACCUCAGCCGCGACGGAGCGUCACGUGACCACUUCGAUUACCGUCUGGAACGCGACGCAUUGAUCUUCUUGUACAGAAUAUUAUGUAAUGUACAUACACAAGUGUAUUAUAAUUUUGUUCGAUUAUUAUUUUCCAUCUUGUACGCACAGAAAUGGAAACUGUCCAUUUUUCUAGUCAUUUUGUGUGCGUUGUUGUUUUUAAAUCCUCCAUUGUAUGUACCAUAAUAUAUUAAUAAAUAAUAUAUAUAUUUAUUUUAAAUGAAAUUUUGUAAAUAAUUGAAGCUUGAGGGCUUAUAUAGUAUGUAUAAUACCUGAGUGUAAAUAACAUAAGAUGUUUGUAGUGAGUAUAUUAUAUAUAUAUAUGAAUGCAAAUAACUCGCAAGUUUUUUUUAAUUAUUAUUAUUAUAUAAUGUACAAAAGACUAAUAAAAUGAUAUUUUCAUUUGUAGGCUAAUUAGAAUAAAUAUUAUAUAUUAUUAUAUAACAUGUAUUAUUAUUAUUAUUAUUAUUAUUAUUAUUAUAUUAUUACUAUUAUUGUCGUAUCGAUAAAACAUAAAAUUAAAUGUAAAAGUCUUAUGUACAAAAAUAAAAUUGGACAUUAUACGUUCGUCUCCUCUUUCUGCUGUGCAUAUAAGACGGAAAAUGCGUUCAUAAAUUAUUGUUAAUUUUAAUACAUAUGUGUUAUAAUCGAAGAAAGCGCAUAAUUGUUUAAUGUUUUGUUCGAAUAAUUAUGAUAAAAAUUUAAAAAAUAUAUAUCAAUAAUAAUAAUUUCCUUAAUUUACA